GGGAGUGUAGAUAGGCGCUAUGAAGGGCGUUUGGGAAGUUAGUGAGCGCAGCUGUGUUGUAGUUAUAGCAACAGUUUAAUCCGCCUUUCUUUUCUAGUGUGUGUUUAUUCAGUAAGAAAAAUUCGCCGGCGGUGACAGGGUAACAAGAGCACGGCAGCAGUUUAGCGGCUCCACUUCUGCUGUAUAUAAAAUACAGAAUAUACUAGAAUUAAUUUUACAGAGUAAUAGGAAAAAUAACUUUAAUUAAACAUGCAAACGUCAACAAAGUACCUGAAUUUCGCCCAUCUUCUUGCCACUGUUUUGCUUAUCGUUUGGGCGUCGCCAGCUGAGGGCAGUUCCUGCACCGGUUGCGUGGAGUUGGAUGUGCUGAGCUUCGAUAAGAUAAUCGAGCGUUUUCCCUAUGCACUAGUCAAAUUCGACAUUGCCUUUCCAUAUGGCGAAAAACACGAGGCUUUUGCGGCAUUCUCAAAGGUGGCGAACACAGUCACCAAGGAACUACUGGUGGCCACUGUCGGCAUCAAAGAUUACGGUGAGAAUGAAAAUAAAGAGCUGGGCCUAAGGUUUAAUGUGGACGACAAGAGCUUCCCCGGCAUUUUGCUCUUCAAGGAUGGCAAUGUGGACAACUUUGAGCGCUUCCCUGCUUACUUGGAUGUGACAUUAGAUAAUUUGAAGAAUUUUGUUACGCAGAAUACGGAGUUGUAUAUUGGACGUGAUGGUUGCUUGAAAGAUUUUGAGGAACUGGUUAAGAAAUAUGCCAAUAAAGAGGAUGCAGAGCAGUUACAAUUGAUAGAACAAGCGGAAAAACUAAAGCAGGAGCUAAGCAGUGAAAGUGCAAAGGUGAGCGCGAAAGUAUAUCUCAUUUUCAUGCGGAAAAUCAAUGAGAAAGGCUAUGAGUACGUGGAGGACGAGACAAAGCGGCUGCAACGUCUGAAAGCGGGUAAGGUGACGGAUGCAAAGAAGUUGGAGCUUCAGCAAAGACUUAAUAUACUGGAAGCAUUUCGAGUGACCAAGCUGACGAAGGUGACGAGAAAUGAAGAACUCUGAAACGGGCCUUUGUAAGUCAGAAAGUAGCGAGAGUGACAUCAAGUUUAUGAAAAUUAAUUGAAGUGAAACACAUACAUAUGGACGAGAAUGUAUAGGUGUGUGUACGACCAACUGCAUGCAAUAGUGAAGAUGUGAAAGUGAGUGGCGGGACAAAAGAGGCAAUAAUAAUACAAUUCUGCACUGCAAGCGGCAAUAUGCUCUUCGAUUAUAAUCCGUUAGCUAACACAUACAUUUGUAGUAUAUUAUAUAAUACGUUGUUCAAAUUUAUAUCUGCUUCAAUAAAUACAUAAAUUAUUAAGUAGUUGUAUGUAUAUAAAAAAAUAUUCUUUAUUCCUUUUGUUUGUUGUGCUACAAACUUGGAACUUUUUACCAUUUCGCUAUGGCAACCAGUUUUCGAUAUUCCCAAUUGACAACGUCAACAAAAAGGCCAACAAUUCGGCAAUAAACGGUGCGCAUGGAAACAUCACACAUACAUAUGAACAUACAUACAUAAAUAAAUAAGUAGACGAAAUGUUUUUGGUUACUUUUCUGUUGGCUACCCUUCAUUAAAAAUUAAACAUAUCCAAGUUAUUUUACAUACAUAUGUACAUACAUAUUAUGCAUAUAUGUCUCU